AUGCAAGACUCACCGAACCACUGGACAAUCGAGUUUGAGCGAUGUGUCCCGGACGCUAUACCAGCCACGAUCAAACCAGAACCGGACAGUCAACCUGGAGGGGAAAAGCGGCGUCGUUCGCGUUGGGAUGACUCUGUAGCAAAGCCUGAUUUGUCUGAGCCGGUUAAGCAGAGCUCUAUGGACCGAACAAAUGCCAUUGCGGCUGCGAUCGCUGCAGCCCGAGCAGCAGCUGCAGCGGCUGGAAUAAAAGGCGCACAAACUGCUGGGGCGAAACAAUUCACCGGGGGUGCCGUGCUGAGUGAGGAGCAAGCCGAACAGAUUCGGUACCAAAAGGAGCUCCAAGCCAUGCACGAGUUUAUCAUGGCUCAACAACGAUCGAAGCUGAAAGAACAGGAACUCAUGAGUCGAAUCGCCGGUCCGAAUUACGGUAAAAAACCGCGCGUAACAAAGGACGGUCUGGUGAUCAAGUAUGAGUAUGACUCUGACGAGGAUUGCGAAGGAGGCACGUGGGAGCACAAGUUACGAAUGGCUGAGAUGGAGGCAACAAAAGAAUGGGCCGAGAAACUGACGGAAAUGGGUCACGGCAAACAUCAUAUUGGUGACUUCCUUCCACCGGAUGAACUUGAACGGUUUAUGGAAACUUUUCGAGCUCUGAAGGAAGGCCGAAAUCCAGAUCUGUCCGAAUACAAACAAUUCAAGCUAACCUGCGAGAAUGUUGGUUUCCGAAUGUUGGAGAAAAUGGGCUGGAAAGAAGGUGAAGGUCUCGGCAGCGAGGGUCAAGGCAUUGUGAAUCCAGUGGGCAAGGGGAACGUUCACAUUGACGGUAUCGGAUUAGGCAUCAAUCGUCAGUCAAACCUGACCAAAGAGGAUGAUGAAUAUGAUGCGUACCGGAAACGUAUGAUGCUCGCCUACCGUUUCCGACCCAACCCUUUGGUAGGUCACUAA